AUCGUUGUCCGCCAAGUUCAACUCCAGUACACAAGUUCCACAACACGCAUCUCUUCACCCAUGCUCUUCUGCUCGCCAUGAGUUCUGACAAUUCCCGUGGAGACAUUUCGAUUCCUUUGCGAAACCUUCUGAAUUCCAUAAGGUGUAUUCGGGAUCGAGUAAGAGAUGGGGAGUCCAAUGAAUCAGACAGCGAGGAGUUUGACCUCUCCAACUUCUGGGACACAAUGAACCAAGCAGUGAAGGCUGUCUCUCAGGAGGCGACCAAACUCAGCCUGGCCUUCUCCACCCCACCCCCACCCCCCCAGCAGACGGGAAACAACUUGUCAGAGUCACUCCAGAAGAGCAUUCUGACCAUGUCCACAGUCUACUACUGGCUUCCCAAGAGUCAAGGUCUCAGUCUGAGGCGUGCGGUCCGAGACGCCAGCGUGGAGGUUCUGGAGGGAGUGGGUCAGCUGGUGGAGGUCAUCCUGGCAUCUCCACUGCAGAGUCUGUCUCAGGAGCAGUUGACCUCUACAGGGGGGGUGUGGUCUGCCUGCGACCGCUUCCCAUCGCUGCCUCGAGAUAAUAAGGCAGCUGUGAUGCUUGCCCUGUCUGCGCAUAUCGGAGUAGUAAAGGAUGCGAUUGAAGAGAUUGAACAGGCCCUAUUGGAGGAGGAGGACCCCUUCAGCGACCUCCUGGGGGACCUGGACGAGGAGGAAGAGCCCCGGGGGAACCAGGACACCUAUUGGUCGGAGCGGGACCGGCGUGUGAUUGGCCCGUGCCAGGGGCUGAUGAAGGCAUCUGGGGCAUGUCUCAGGAAGCUGUCAUCGGCGGUCAGAACCAAUGGAGACGCUGGAUCAGCUCAAAACCGAGCUCAGCUAGACGACCUGGAGGAGCUGAGCAAGGACGUCAGCCCCCGUAUGGACGACCUAGCACUGUGUCUUUAUCCACCAAUGGAGUACUCGGGAGUGGAAAGCAACGCAUCCAAAUUGGCAGCCUUGUUAAAGAAAAAACUCGGAGUCAUCAGGUCCAGUCAUGUGUGUGGGGAGUCUGAGCUGACAUGGGUUCAGUUCCUAGAAGCAGCUGUAGAUCAUAACCUGCAGAAGGCUAAAGACCUCAUGCAGUCUGACCCCUGAGUCCGGUGUGUGUGUGUGUGUGUGCGUGCGCGUGUGUGUGCGUGUGUUGGGAUGUGUCUGUGGGUUUGGUUGUGUUCUUGUUCUUGUCAUGAUGUAACUCAACUUGAUGGCUUGCAAUUACGAAUUUUCACAGCAAAGCCAUCGGUAAACACACGUAAAAUCACUGUGCUGCUGUGCCAUAACCAGAACAGGAACAUGUCAAAGCAGUCAUGUUUGUCAGUUUGUAAGCAAAGAUGGAGAUAAUUCACGGCUUUUCUCAACUCAGAGAACUGUCAAUCAAACAUUAAAACUUUAGGUCAGUUGUUCCACCAGGUUGUUGUACUUACUUAACAUUUGUUUAUAAUGAAAUUAUUAAUAAACCAUGAAACCCGUUCAUGCUCAAAACCCUGUUCAGUAUAUACAGUGUAUAUAUGUAUAUAUAUAUAUAUAUUAUAUUAGUAUUUUAGAGGACUAUUAACCAAUGUUUUAAAUACAGACAUUUAGUUUUGGUUUCCCAACAAUAACUAGUUAUUAUGAAUAACAUAUUUGAAUGCAGUUUGGAUAUGAAUUAUGUACUGCGUAUCCUGACUGAGGUAUUAAUAGUUAUAUACUAGAUAUCCUGACUAUGAGGUGGUCAGAGUUAUAAUAGAGUUACUAUAUGUACCCGGACUUUGAAUAUGAGAUGUACUACCGUAUCCUGACUAAGAGGUAUUACUAGAGUUAUGUUCUACAGUACCCAUACUAAGGUUUGAAUAUGUGUUAUGUACUAAGUAUACUGACUGAGGUAUUCAUAGUUAUUUACUACAGUACCCUGACUAUGAGGUAUUAAUAGAGUUCUAUACUAGAUAUACUGACUGAAGUAUUAAUAGUUGUGUACUACAGUAUCCUGACUACGAGAAAGGAAUAGAGUUAUGUACUACAUAUACUGACUGAGGUAUUAAUAGAGUUAUGUACUACAGUACCCUGACCGAGGUUUGAAUAUGAGUUAUAUACUACAUACGGACUGAGGUAUUCAUAGAGUUAUGUACUACAAUACCCUGAUUGAGGUUUGAAUACAAGCCAUCCAGGUAAACGGGACUUGGUAGUGUUGAUACGGUAAAUACCUCACACUUGAUUGGCUGAGAACAAACACAACAUUCAAUUUUAGAACAGGCAGGCCUAGUUUAACAAUAACGAUAUGCAAGGCAAAUUUAUACAGCAACCAUUCAAACUGAGAAGCCACCCACAAAGGCUUUACACAAAUAGACAAUAACAUUUUGAACAUUAUCAAAAAAUAACUAAAUAAAUGUUGAUCAGGGAGUAAAAUCUGAGGAAAUAGUUGAUGUAUCAAGCUUCCAGUUUAUAAUUCGAUUCAUUAAUUGGUUUAUUUCUGAAUCUUGACAUCAUUGCCUUAAAUGAUGCCAAGUAUGUAUGGUAUUGUAAGACUAUUUUAUAUCACAUAACACAUGAAGAACACCUGUUUUCAUUGUAGUGACUAUGGUGCUCUGGACCAGAUCUCUGCAUAUCCAAUCAGAGACUCCACAAUGUCAAUGGUGGUGGAGUGGUGGAGGCUGUUCCCCAUUAAAACCCAUAUUUGGUGCAGCCUGGUUAACCUUAAACCUAUCUGGUUGGUUGUGAGUCCCCUAAUGUUAACAUACUCCCUUUCCUGGGUAAAUGGUUACAUUGUGUUCUGCUUUUGCGUCUCUUGAGUUCUACUUUCCUUCUCUGACUUAUGGCAUGUCUGGGGGGAAUAAGGUACCAACUGAAGUUAUGGCUUGUUUAAACAUGUAUUCUUUAAAUGUGUGUUUGCAGAGGGAGGAAAAUUUGGUGCUGAGGAAGAAAAGCCAGAAGCUGUCACCUUGAGUCAUUUGGGGAAGUGGCGGGAGUGUAGCUUCCACCGCUCUGGGUGAUUUUAACGCCAAUGAUUGGUUGACAUGAUUGUUGAGUAUUGAGCAGGUUCAUGAGUAUUUACUUUUCCCAGGGAAUGAUUUAUUUAACAUUUGACAGACAUCUCCACAAUACAUGAAUAAACGGCAAAUCGAUCAUUCCUCAGAUUAAUUCUUCAGUAGUUAUUUAAAUCUAUUGACACACACAUCAAAAUUAUUCAUAAAUCAGAUUGCAUGGCAGGAGGAAUAAGAUAAUAAUUUAAAAACAAAUCUUAUUUUCUUCAUGGGAUGAUGCUUCAAAAAUAUGAUGUUUCAAAAAGAAAAAGCUUGCAAUGCAACAGUUCUGGUUGUUCAUUGUCAUUAUCUAAACCAAUGAAAUAACAGAAAGAAGUCACCACUGCAGCAGUGGGCGGAGUUAUCUUGGAUAUAACCUAUGUCCCAGGUUUCAUCCAGGUAAGCUCACAGGAUGAAUCCCCAUGAUGACUGAACAGAGAGUAGAAUAACUUUAGUGUCUGAGUCUGACAUUCCCUUGUUGCGUCUUAAUUUUCCGGUUAACCUGUAAAUCCAGCUUCUUGAAACCCCUGGCCAAUCCUGUUUGUAGUCAUUUCAUCCCACUUCUGCAGCACACUCAGCCACACUGCCAGACACCUUCUUGUUCACUGAUCACACAGCAUGGAUCUCCGUAAGUAAUACAACUCUACAUAUGUCUGUCUGUUGGUGUCUGUCCUUUUAUCUGUCUUUAGGUCCCUCUGUGUCUGUCUGUCAACCCUUCUUUCUGUGUUUCAUUCCCUCUGUCUACCUUUCAGUUUGUUGGUCUUUAGUUCACUCUGUGUCUGUGUACCCUUCUGUCUGUCUGUCUUUUGUUCACCCUGUGUCUGUGUGUCUACCCUUCUGUCUGUCUGACUUUUGUGCACUCUGUCUACUAACCUUCUGUCUGCCUUCUCUGUUUUGGUCGGUUGGUUUUUGUCUCGCUGUCUGUAUACAUGUUUACAUAUGUACAAUCUUUCAGGUACAUACACGUGUAGUUACAUACUUCUAUGAAUGAAUGCACACAUGAAUGCAGGUUUUGUUGGUGUUUGAUUACACAAUGAUUUUCUGGCAGUAGUUUGGGUACUUGCUUCCAAGUCACGAAAUAACAAGUAGAAGGAGCCUGAAAAAAAACAGAAAGAGGGUG